AAGUGCACACGGGCAGCAGCACCCAUUCUCAGGUUGAAGACAUUUACCGAGGAGUUGGGAAGCGCUGCAGUCCCACUCCCCCUAUCUCCCGGCUGGGGCUUGGGCACGGCGAUGAGCUCACUGGCGGAGCACUGACUCCCAACUCUGCUGAUCGUUACUAGUGACAAAUCAAGUGUAAGAUGGGGAAACCACUGCACAACCAGAGGCAGCCCAUAAGGGAGAGAACACUGAACCAUUCCAUGCACAGGCAGCAGAACAUUCCAUGGUUCCUGGUGGUUUUUGCAUUGGUAGCACUGCUUGCUAAUCUAGUCCAUGCUGGUGGCAAGUCAUACACCGGUCCCUGCGGAGGAAGAGACUGUAGUCAAGGAUGUCAGUGCUUCCCUGAGAAAGGAAGUCGGGGUGCUCCAGGAGCUCUUGGAGGACAGGGUCCAUCUGGUCCACCAGGAAUAUCAGGUCUACCAGGAUUAGAAGGUCGUAAAGGAGACAAAGGUGAUCGAGGCUAUCAUGGAGGGGCUGGACCAACUGGAGAUGCGGGCCAAAGGGGUGUCCCAGGAUUUCCUGGAGCUGAUGGUGUACCUGGUCACACAGGACAGGGUGGUCCCAGGGGAAAGCCAGGACAUGAUGGCUGCAACGGGACAAAAGGUGAUGCUGGUGGGGAAGGAGGAUUUGGCCCCAGAGGUCCACCUGGUGUCUCUGGCGGACUGGGUGUCAAAGGUGCAAAAGGGGAACCUUUUUAUAUAUCUUCGGAUAUGAGAAACAAACUCAGGGGUGAUCCAGGUCAAGCAGGAUUGACUGGACCUGCAGGUCCUACAGGUCUUCCUGGUGUGGUGGGAUUCAUAGGCCCGGUUGGGACUCCUGGAUUACCGGGGCAACCUGGACCCCCAGGGCUUCAGGGACCACAGGGUAACAAGGGCAUCGGUUAUAUUGGAGAAAAGGGAGAACAGGGGGACGUUGGAAAUCCAGGACCACCGGGUCCCCCAUAUGAGGCAAGAAAGCCAACAGAUGUAUUCUUCCCUGAAAAGGGUCAAAUUGCCAAGGGUGAACCAGGAGAACAAGGAGAACGUGGAGCUAAAGGUGAAACUGCUUACUUUGGUGAAAAGGGAGAAGACGGUGUCAUGGGAUUUCCAGGGCAAAGGGGACCGUCUGGCAACCCUGGUGUGUCAGGCCCUCCAGGGGGAGAUGGACGUCCUGGAAUUACUGGCUAUCCUGGAUUACCAGGCAACAAAGGACUUAAGGGUAAUCAUGGAGAUAGAGGCCCACCAGGACCAGUAACUUAUGCUGAACAACCAAAACCAAUAAAAGGUUUUCGGGGGGAAGAUGGAUUUCCGGGACUCCCUGGCCAUAAUGGUGAUGAUGGCGAUCAAGGAGAACCUGGUUCUCCGGGCUUGAUGGGUUUUCCAAGCCCUUUUCCAGGACCACCUGGCAAUCCUGGUCUGAAAGGGGAGAGGGGUCCUAAAGGGUACCAAGGAGAACCAGGCUAUCCUGCCUUCCAAGCAGGGCCACCAGGUCUGGAUGGGCAGCCUGGACAACAAGGACCUCCUGGCCCCCCUGGUUACCCAGGUGGACGUAUUGGGAGAAAAGGAGGGCCUGGCUGGCCCGGACAAAGUGGACGGAGAGGCUUUCCUGGUAUUCAAGGAUUCAAGGGAUUUAAAGGUGAACCAGGAGAUUGUCGGUGUGGUCUUGACGAUGAGGCUUUAAAAGGCCCUGCGGGUGAGCCUGGUCCUGUGGGAUUUCCAGGUUUUUCUGGGGUACAAGGAAACAAAGGAGAGCAUGGUGACAGAGGAGGUCCUGGGCUACCAGGGGCUCCAGGUAUUCAGGGACCAAACGGUGAAGAUGGACCUCCUGGAUUUGUUGGAGAGAAAGGUGACACGGUGUAUGCUACAGAAAAAGGCACAAAAGGAACUCCAGGCGUUCCUGGUAUACCUGGUCCUGGAGGUUUUGAUGGACUCCCAGGCAAUGAUGGGUUCGAUGGUAACCCUGGACCACCAGGCCCUCCUGGUGAAGGUAUAAAAGGAUUGCCUGGUGACCGUGGCUUUCCAGGAUUGACAGGGGCCGAAGGUGGUCGAGGUGAGACUGGACUACCUGGAAUAGGACUACCAGGCCCAAAAGGGGCUCGUGGCAUACCAGGAAGCCCAGGACUCAAUGGACUUCCCGGACUUCCAGGACUUCCGGGACAACCAGGUGACUGCUACAAAGAAUCCAACGAAGAGAAUGAGAUUGGAAGGGAAGGUACUGGCUGUGCGUUGGUGGCCCCGCCAGCUCCUGCAGGAGCCCCUGGACUUCCUGGAUUACCUGGAUUUAAUGGUUUAAGGGGCCCAAAAGGACAGCCAGGUACACAGGGAGAAGAUGGAGGUCAAGGCAUCAAAGGAACCAGAGGGGAUACUGGGAAUGACAGUCUACCGGGUCCACCAGGCUUUCCAGGACCACGGGGAGAAAAGGGUAAACUUGGGUUAUCCGGAUUCCCAGGUGCACCGGGUCCUACAGGAAACCCUGGCUUAAUGGGAUUUCUAGGAAAUAAAGGAGCUGCAGGUGAUGUGCUAGGAGCACCCUCUGGACCCCGUGGAGAUAUUGGACUUCCUGGCCUCCCAGGUCUAAAGGGCCAACAAGGGGAUCAAGGCAUAUCGGGAUUACAAGGUGUUCAUGGUAGACCUGGUAUACCCGGAUUUAAAGGCGUUCAGGGUGAUCCCGGAGUCCGUGGCUUUAGCGGCCUGCCAGGACCAGCAGGAGCCUUUGGAUUUCCAGGAAUGCCAGGGAAGCCAGGGCCAACGGGAGCAGAAGGAACCCCAGGAGCUCCAGGGCCACGUGGACAGAGAGGCGAUGAAGGAGAACAGGGACCACCUGGUCCGGUUGGCAUGAAGGGUUUACCUGGAGAUACGGGGGAUGUGGGAUUUGUUGGCGUUAGAGGCAGACAAGGUGAACCUGGCUUUCCUGGUCUAAAAGGCAUGGAUGGUCUCCCAGGUGCAAAAGGUGAAAAGGGAUCCGCUGGCAUGGAUGGUUUCCAGGGAAUGAAAGGUGUUAAGGGAAGGCCUGCAUGGAGAGGAAUUAAGGGAGAGACUGGAAAUCCUGGUUUUCCUGGAGUAAAAGGGGUCCAAGGUGUUCUAGGCACAAAAGGGGAUCGUGGGACAAUUGGGAAACCGGGGGAGCCACCCCACAUAAAUCCAGAGAUGCUUGUGGUUGUGAAGGGGGAGAAAGGAGAUCACGGCACCCCUGGAUUUAUAGGAUUCACUGGACAUAAGGGCAGUAAAGGAAUGCCUGGUUCUCCUGGUCAGUCAGGAAUACCAGGUUUACCGGGCAUGCCAAGCUUUGACUCUGGUGAAAAAGGAGAAUCUGGAGACCUGGGCCCAGGUGGUGUUCCAGGGCUGCCGGGACAAGUUGGCCCACCAGGCAUUCCUGGAUUCCCUGGAUUCACAGGCCCCAGAGGAACAAAGGGGCUUCCUGGUCUCUUUGGGUUUCCAGGCGAUAGAGGUGAUCUUGGAGAAAGAGGAGACCCAGGAGACAUCAUAGAUUUACCUGGAGAAAGGGGAGCAAAGGGUGAACCUGGUGAUUCUGGACUGCCAGGACUGAGAGGAACACCUGGAGAAAAGGGAACAGCAGGAGAUAAUGGUUUGCCAGGCAUUGAAGGUGUAAAAGGACAAACCGGACCACCAGGAGAAAAAGGGCUACAAGGUUUUCCCGGCCAGGUUGGAUUACCAGGCUCCCCGGGAGAUCAAGGAUUUCCAGGAAUUGAUGGCACUAAAGGAAAUGUUGGAAACCCAGGUUUACCUGGUCAGCAAGGUUUUCCAGGUUUAAGAGGAAUCUCGGGACUUGAUGGCCUGCGAGGUACAAAAGGAUAUCAAGGAGAACCAGGAGCAGAUAAUUUUGGUGUGCCAGGGAUGAAAGGCCUCGGCGGUUCCAAGGGCGAACCAGGCGAUUAUAGCACAGUCGUUGGCCUCCCUGGUGAGCCAGGUGCUAAAGGAAGCAGAGGGGACUCAGGUUUACCUGGCUUUAGAGGUCUUCCCGGAUUGCUUGGACCACGUGGCCUGCCAGGGUUUUCCAAUAUAUCUGGAAUACCCGGAGAUGUGGGAGAUCCAGGACUUAGCGGGUUACCAGGUUUUCCAGGUUCACAAGGAAGUCCAGGUAUUUCCGCUUUGCCGGGAACAAAAGGAGUAGAAGGACUAUUUGGGCUACCAGGAAAUUACGGUGCCAAAGGAAUUCCUGGUGACAGAGGACCACAAGGCUUUACUGGAAUCCCUGGUAUCUCUGGACCAAAAGGUCAUAAAGGUGACCAAGGAGUGAUGGGGUUUAUUGGAAUAACUGGAUUUACAGGAGAAAGGGGACCUCAAGGAGUGAAAGGUGACAGGGGACCAGCAGGCUUGCAGGGACCUCAAGGCAUUCCAGGUUUGCCACCUGCGCCAAGGCAAUUAAUAGCAGAUCGCGGAGUUCCAGGGCCUCAUGGAAUUGUUGGUCCACAUGGUGUCCCAGGUGAUGUUGGACCUAAAGGUCCUCCAGGAGAUAAAGGUCUUACAGGUGUACCUGGUAAAGAAGGAUUACCUGGUAUAACAGGUUGGCCUGCUACACCUGGCUACAGAGGAGAAUCAGGAUCCAUGGGAGAAAGAGGUCCCACUGGUUAUAAAGGUGUUCCUGGGUCACCAGGUACUCCAGGGCUGCCAGGUAUGCCAGGAAGAAGCGUCAACAUUGGCUAUCUCCUGGUGAAGCACAGCCAGACUGACCAAGAACCAAUGUGCCCUGUUGGCAUGGCCAAGUUAUGGAGCGGAUAUAGUCUGUUAUAUUUUGAAGGACAGGAAAAGGCACACAACCAAGAUUUGGGUCUGGCUGGAUCAUGUCUGCAGCGUUUCAGUACAAUGCCUUUCCUGUACUGCAAUCCAGGUGACGUUUGCUACUACGCCAGUCGUAAUGAUAAAUCCUACUGGCUCUCAACCACAGCUCCCCUUCCAAUGAUGCCAGUAGUUGAAGAAGAGAUUAAACCAUACAUUAGCCGUUGCACAGUCUGCGAGGCUCCAGCAGUUGCUGUUGCUGUCCACAGCCAAGAUAUGUCUAUCCCACACUGCCCUGCAGGCUGGAGGAGUUUAUGGAUUGGAUAUUCCUUCCUCAUGCACACUGCGGCUGGAGAUGAGGGUGGUGGACAGUCCUUGUCCUCCCCUGGCAGCUGUUUGGAAGACUUUAGGGCCACUCCUUUCAUUGAAUGCAAUGGUGCCCGUGGGACCUGCCACUACUUUGCAAAUAAGUAUAGCUUCUGGCUUACAACUAUUGAUCAGACUUUCCAGAGUUCUCCUUCUGCUGAUACAUUGAAAGCAGGGCUGAUUCGAACUAACAUCAGCCGAUGCCAAGUGUGCAUGAAGAAUUUGUAACAGCAAAUAAAGAUUUUUUUAAUAAAAAAAAAAACAAGACACUAAACAAAAUUUAUAUUGGUGCUCAAUUUUAACUUAUUACCUCACAAGCUAUAAAUUGAUUUGAAAUGUGUUAAAAUAUACUUUUAUAUGCAUAUAUUUUGUAUUUUAACCACCCUAUGCACUAAGCUUUACUUCAACAUGCUUGAAUUAAGACCUUCUCUGCUGGUAAACGAAUUUGUCACUGAAUUGACAUAUUACAUCUUUAACCCAAUAAAAUAACCUUGUGAGUACAUUA